GGGGGGGGGGGGGGGGUUCCCCAAUAUAAAUAUAAAUUCUAAUGGUAAUAAAGAUGCUGGUGGCGUGUAUAAGGUUAGCGGCUGUAGACGACAACAAUGUUGUUUACAGUUGGAUGAUGAGCCUGUAUCCGGGAGUCAGUGUGGACUAUGUUGGUGCGAGGAGCGGGAGUGGCCUGGGCGGCCGGGCUUGGAGUGGACACCUGCCUCGCUAGUAGUGUCAGGUGUAUUACACGUGCGACUCCGGGCGGUUUACUGCCACAGAAACAAUGGCGGUUCUCGAGUACUUGGGGCACCACACCAUCACACCCACUACACCCGUCUUCCCGAAACACGUGUUUCCGUCCAUUACACGCGCUUUUCCGCCCAAAACACGUGCCUUUCCGCCAACUAAACACUUGUGGUCCGAGUGGUACGUACGAGGAGCUGCACUGGCGGUCCAUCCAUGACCGAGAGGCGUUCUGGGCGGAGGUGGGGGCUGGGGUGGAGUGGCACAAGCCCUUCACGAGGGUACUGGACGACUCGCAGCUGCCCUUCUGUAGGUGGUACGUGGACGGGGAGCUCAACACCUGCCACAACGCCGUCGACCGUCACGUGACCGCUGGUCGGGGUGACCAGGUGGCCAUCAUCCACGACUCUCCCGUCACGGGCUCCGUCACCAAGACGACCUAUUCCCAGCUUCAGGAACAAGUGUCUCUCAUGGCCGGCGGCCUGGCCGAACUUGGUGUGGGUUACGGUGACCGCGUCAUGAUCUACAUGCCCAUGGUGACGGAAGCGGUAGUGGCCAUGCUGGCCACAGUGCGGCUGGGGGCCACACACUCCUUGGUGUUCGGGGGGUUCGCGGCACGAGAGCUGGCAGCCCGCAUAUCCCACUUGCGGCCCCUAGUGGUGGUGAGCGCCUCCUGCGGCGUCGAGCCCUCGCGCCUAGUGCACUACAAGCCUAUCCUGGACGAGGCCAUCCAGCUGUCGUGCCACAAGCCGCAGCACUGCGUCCUGCUGCAGCGGGAAGGUCUGCCAGAGGCCCCCCUGACCCCCGGGCGGGACGAGUCUUGGCACCACGUCAUGGCCACGGCCUCUCCGGCACCCCCUCUCCCGGUCCACUCAGACCAUCCUUGUUACGUCCUGUACACCUCUGGCACCACCGGGCAGCCCAAGGGUAUCGUGCGGCCCACGGGUGGCCAUGCUGCAGUCUUGCCAUGGACCAUGAAGGCCGUGUAUGGCAUGGAGCGUGGCGAUGUGUGGUGGGCCGCGUCGGAUCUGGGGUGGGUUGUGGGCCACUCAUACAUCUGCUACGGCCCCUUGUUGAACGGCAACACCACCGUCAUCUGCGAGGGCAAGCCCGUGGGCACCCCGGACGCCGGCCAGUUCUUCCGUGUUAUUGAGGAACACGGCGUGAAGGGCAUGUUCACGGCCCCCACGGCCCUGAGGGCCAUCAUACACCAAGACCCCGAGGCCACUCACGCUCGCAGGUACGACUUGUCAGCCCUCAAGUACCUGUUUGUGGCCGGGGAGCCGCUGGACCAGGAGACGCGGGCGUGGGCCCUGGAGACCUUCAGGGUGCCGGUGCUGGACAACUGGUGGCAGACGGAGACGGGCUACGCCAUCACCGCCCACGCCGUCGGCUUGAACAUGCCUCUCCACCCCCCUCGCGGCGCUACCGGUAAGCCCUUCGUCGGUUUCGACCUGUCUGUUGUGACUGAAGGUCGCGAGGCCGCCACGGGGGAGUUAGGACGCAUCGUCUGCCGCCUGCCGCUGCCGCCUGGCUGCAUGAGCACACUCUACAAUGCCUCGGAACGUUUCGUGGAGACAUACUUCACGCAGUUCCCCGGUUACUACGACACGAUGGACGCCGGUGUUCGUGACGCAAAUGGGUACGUAGGGGUCCAGUCGCGGGACGACGACGUCAUUAACGUAGCGGGCCACCGCCUGAGCACCCUGUCGCUGGAGGAGGCCAUGUUGGAACACCCUCAGGUAGUGGACGCGGCCGUGGUGGGGGUCCCGGACCCCAUGAAGGGGGAAGUUCCAUUCGGUUUUUUCGUGAUGAAGGAGGGAAGCGAGUCGACGGAGGAGGAGACAGCGGAGGAGGUGGUGUCGGUGGUGCGGAGGGUGGUGGGGCCGGUGGCUGCCUUCCGCCUGUGUGCACGCGUCACCGGCCUCCCCAAGACGCGCUCUGGCAAGACUCCCAGGAGGAGCUUCGCCGACCUGGCCCGGGGUAAGGCCGUCCAGAUCUCCUCUACCAUCGAGGACCCGUCACUCUAUCUCGAUGUUCUCGAUGCCCUCAGACGACGCGGUUAUGCUCUCCACACUCCGGACCCCGCCAUGCCCUGACCUACCAUCGCCUCUCGUCACCCCGUCACCACUGCUCCCAACACCUUCGUCUUGCCAUCUGACCUCUAAAGUUGUGUUAAACACUGAACUUGCAGAGUGAACACUAUUCCUGUGUUAUAAAAAGUAUUGAGCGCAUCAUACAGACCAAGAACAAGAACAUUCUUAAGAAUGUCAUUUGGUGGAGUGUAGACACUUGCAGAGUUAUGAGGCCAGCUGGGUCGUCUCUGUUGUUGGUGCCACUAAUAGUUCUUGUAGUAGGAGACGUGGGCAAGAUGGGGUCGACUGUACCUAUCGUGUGUCUGGGUAGCGUUCCUUGUUGCUUUAUUUGUAUGGCAUGUGUAUGGAUAUUUAUAUAAUUUAAAUAAUUUUAGUAAAUUGAUGUGACCACCAGUUUA